UAAGAACAGCUGAUUUUUGUUACGUUGUUUUGCUGCAAAGGCACCUAGUGCUAUAAAAUUUUAUGAAAAUUAAGCAAAUGCCAAGAUGAAUAGCCUCCUGCGACAAGGACAUCGCCUUGGCUGCUGUCUGCCGGCUGUCCAGCAGCAAAUCCACACAACCGCCGUGCAUAGGACUUUCUGGGAGCGCGAAAAGAAGUCCGGCUACAAGACCAAAUUGCCGGAGCCCUCGAAAAAACAGCUCAUCUUGGACGGAUUGAGAGAUCUGAAGGAGGAGAUGAAGCUGUGGCGCCAGGAGGUCAAGGAGCAGCUGGAAAGUGACCCCAUCCUGGUCUUCCGUCCUGGCGAAACGGAUGUGGUGUUCGAUUUCAAGGCGCCGGAUGUGCUGGACAAGUGGACGGUGACCACGGAUGCGGAUCACGGCGAGGGCAAGAGUACUGCCACCCUGGAGCUAAGUGCAGCCGGAGCGGGGCUCUUCCAUGGGGAAGUCAACUCGGAUCACAUUAAGGAUGGAAUCAUCAAGAGGACGGGAUAUGCUAAUAUACGCACCAAGAGAGUGCGGAAAUCCUUCAAGCGCGAGUCCACCUACGACUGGACGCAGUACAACAUGCUGAUCAUGAAAGUCCGAGGCGAUGGACGCAGCUACCUGAUCAAUCUGCACACCGAGGGCUACUUCGAUCUGAUGUGGAAUGACAUCUACCACUACGUUUUGUAUACUCGCGGUGGACCCCACUGGCAGAUCGCCAAGAUUCCCUUCUCCAAGUUCUUUCUCUCCUCGAAGGGACGGGUACAGGAUCGCCAGGGAGCCAUACCGCUGAAUAGGGUGACCCACUUUGGAUUCUCCGUGGCCGCCAAAAAGGGGAUGGAUGGUCCAUUCGGCCUCGAGAUAGAAUAUGUGGGCUUGGAGUACGAUCCAAGUCAUCGCGAGGAGUUCGCCUACGAGAUGUACCAGACACCCAAAUAUAUUGUGGCCACGUAACGUAACGCUUACGUUGCGGCAGUGUUAUUUAAUUGUAGAAUACGUACGAAGAACAGUAAAGAUUGGUUAACAAGCGA